UCGAGCAAUAAAUACACGAUGCACUAUUGACAUAUUGAUCUUGAUCCCGUAAAAUUUUUUUUAAUUAAAUCUUAUUGCUUUGUCAAAAGUGAUAAAUUUUACGGGCCUGUGACACACAUUCCAUCAAUUUCCUGACUUAGAGCUACCAGUGUCAAAUGUUAUCGAAUUCUAAGAGGCGAUAGCAUGUGAUGAUACGUCGUUAAGUCUAGAUCUUGCCUAAUGGAGCUAGUCGAUCCUUAGUAUAGAAAAGAAUUUCACGUAUAUGACUUGAAAAUAAAAGUAAUUUUAUAAAUGAUUAAUACUUGUAAUCAUUCGAAUGGUUCUGUCCUUGGAAGUAUUGACAAGUUAUAAUGUUCACCGAUUUUCACUUAAUAUAUUACGAGACAAAGAAGAACUGUUUGUCUCGUAUGUUACAUAUUUUUACUUUUGUCUUUUGUAACACAAAUAUCUGCGCUAAUAAAGGACGAAAGAUCGAACGUUACUGGAAACGAUUAUAUAAAUAAGUAAUUAGAAAAAUCAAAUGUAACUUCAAGCAUACGUAGGGUAGAGGGCUAUUUCGCUUAGUUAAUGAAAACUUAAAUAAAAAAAUUAAUUGAAACAGGGAGGAGCUUUUUAAUUUUCACGAAAGAGAGGAACUUUCGGAGUCCUGAGGUUUUUCUCGCUUUUUAGCUGUUAUCUUGAAAAUAUUUUUUAUCCGAAUUUUUCUUCAACUGAGCGAAAUAGCCCCGCUCUACUCUACAAAAGAAUUGACUUUCUUAUUUCUUCAAAUUGCAAAUAAAACGCGUUUUGUUUCUUAAAUCGAUAUAUAUUUCAUCAGUGAUAUGUUCAACUUAAUUAAAAUAUUUUUACUUUGUGUCAAAAAUUAAAUGGAUUAUUCGAUUGAUUUGCUAGAUUAUCGAUUCAAUAAUUGUCUGCGAAACAUGUCGUUUCUUUCUUUAUGAAAAUUUUUAUCUCGAGUCCAAAAAAACUGAAGACGCAGUCUUUUUUCAUAACGAAAAUAGACUCACUGUGUUGCAAAGACAGUGAGUCUGAUAAUUUGAUAUAUAUACAGUCGUACAGUGAUAGCAAACAAAAAGCUUGAAUUCGUCAAACUUUAUCAGAAAAUAAAAACAAGGUACAUAUAAAUUGCGACAAGUCACAAUAAAGACAUUGCGAAUAGCUAUAUCUCAUUUCAAAGUGAUCGUAAAGUACAAGUAGCUUUUUACACCGGAAAAUAUUAUAUACAAGAAUUAAAUAUCCGUAAAUAUUCGUUAAACAUCUUGACAUGCGAUUCUUUGCGAAUCUCAAACACGAGAAGUCUAGCAAAUUUGCAAGAAAAGUUAAUGGAUUAUUAAAAUUUUCUUCCGUUACAAGCUUUAAUUUUAUCAGAGCAUAUAUUUUAAAUGCAAGAGCUUAUUUCUCGUUAAUAAAUAGAUUAACGUUACGAGAAAUUAAAGAAUUGCAUGAUUUCGUGUUUCUGAUUCUCGAUAUUGUGGAUGUCGGCGGAAGACGGAGUUGUACCCCACGCAUAAUUCUUCAGCGAUUGGACGGCAUCUGCACGAUCGUAACUAGUUUAGCGGUCCACGACAGUUAGUUGCCACGAGUCGGCGGAUUCGGUCGACUCGGCCGCUGUAUCGUCCCCGAACGACACGGCGAGCGCUUCUCCCGUUGCGACGUCGACGAGAGAACGCGCGUGAGAAGAGAGACCGUACUGAUCCCGUAUCCUCUGUGUGGAGAGUCUGUCGACCUUUGACACCGGGCCGGCGACAAAAGCCUACCAAGAAAACGCCGAGCGGUCGACGAUCUCCCCGUCGCGCUCCUCUCUUGGAUUAUCGCCGUCCGCAGUAUCUUUCGUGUGGCUUUUUGACGUCUCUCUUGUUUCACCUUAUCCGGGAACAUCAUGCUACCGAGACUAACGCUGCCAGUCGCUCUGCUCCUUUUAACAAUGGGAGUUGUAUUGUCGAAGGGAUGCGAGUUGGAUCAGAUGCGAUACGGAUGUCGCAUCUACAAUGCACAAUGCAGUUGCGGCUACGGCUGCAAAGCCGAGUAUAGAUAUGACAACAAUGACGAUUGCAAGUUAGCGCUGAAAGGUAAUGACAAACGAUACUUGCUCUUACUUGAUCUGUUAAAUCUGCAGAAUAGUAGACACACUGAGACGUUGUACGUUACACUUGUCUUGAAAACUUUAACUUGUCUCGUUACAGGAAGACGUAGCGACAUAUGCUCCCGAUCGAAGCCUUGCAUGAACGAGGGCUCCUGUUCCCAAAUAUCGUCGGAGCCCGGAUUUAAAUGUCGUUGCGAAGGAACCGGAUUUUAUGGCACUUACUGCGAGACACCCUGUCCACGACCAGACAAUACGCUUUUCCGAGGACAAUUCCCUUACGAGUGCGUCGUGAUCUAAUUCCAGUCUCUCCGCUUAUUUCGAUCUGAAAUUCAAAUUUGUCUUAAUAUGAUACAUACAUACAUACAAAGAAAGAAACGCAUUUCAUAAAACAUAUUUACACACAUCUUUGUACAUACAUAAUAAAUAUUAAAACAUACAGUCGA